AUGCCUCGCUCGCCGACUCCGUCGUCCCAUCGCAUGAUUGUCAAUGCAGCCAACGUCCUUCCCUCAGUCGAUUCACUUAUUUCUCAAGGCUCCAAUCGCCAACGCACCUACUCACAGCCUAUGUCACCUGGCUCCAACCCGUAUCCAUCGACACGUGGCUCGUCCAUGGAAGUAGAUGGCGAAGGAGACUCUUCUUCUCGCUCACCCCCAAACUCUCCGCUCAGCGGACACCGCAGUCCUCAACAGGCCAGAAUUCACUCUCCUCGUCCUCGUGCAUCUUCAACCGAUGUGGCCACGGAAGACCAGCCAAUGGUUCCUCGCUGGGUGCACACAACAAAUGCAGCUUAUCCUAAUGCAACUCGGACGCCUCCACCUGUCGAGCUUCCGGUCAUUCCCAACAGGAUGGGCGGUCGCUAUGCUCAGACCCCACAUCAUCCAAAUGGCCAACCGCAUGCCCCCGAUUUUAUGCCACGGAAACAAGGCGAAGGACCGAGCAAGGUCAAAAAAACACGCCAACCCCCACAGUUGAACCCUGCUCAAGGCAUUCUUGGACCAGUUUCGCCUCCACCAAACGAAAUGCGCAAAGCACUGGCCUCGCAAGAAUUCCAGCGAUCCAUGGCAGCCGCUGGCAAUCCAACUUGCGGCCCUUGUGUUGGCGACAUCAAGAGGGCAAGCCUUCGAAAAGCGGUUGCUCAAAUCGGCCCUGGCUAUGUCCAAUAUGCACAUGGUCUUCGGCCCCAGCUUCCAACCCAGCUUCCCCCCCUUGAAGGCUUGACAAGGAUACCGUUCACGCCAAAGCCGCUCGCGAGCACUCCUAUUCAAAUGGGAGUAUCUCUGUCCGAAAUCAUGGACUUUUGCGAUGUGUUGGACAACCCUGAUACUCCAGUGCUUGAGCCUAUCAGACUCAUCGACGGCUCGAUGGGUAAGAUUUACUUGAUCAUGGAGCAUCCUGGAUAUCCGCGUGUCAUGAAGGAACUUGAGGGCAAUUGCGUGCAUCGUCCCGCGACGCGCUUCUCAUUGGCAUAUAGUGUUGCGGAGGCGUACUCAAACUACUUUACGACCAAUGAUUUCUCUCUCAGAGGACCCGCUCCAUCGAACACCAUUGUUGUCCGCUCGUUCGUCAACAUGCGGCUCGUCAACCUUUUUUCCACCGACGGUGUCACCUAUCGCGCUCAUGUCGCAUAUGUCUUCUAA